AUGCUUUUUGGUCGGUUUGGCAGCUCCUCGUCAAAAACGAAACACGUAGAUCCGCUCGAAGCGGGUGGAGAAAAGUGUCCAAGAUUAGCACCCAUACGUUUUGACCGUGACGGACUUCGCCGUUUUCUUGCGUUCAUCGGCAUACCAGGAAACAGUAACUGCUCAUCAAUACACGAAGUUCGUCGCCACGAUGUCGAUCUCCAAAUGAUAUGCAUAGGACGGGCCAAUGGCCCCACUGAGGUCAUCGGCGGGUGCGCCGAGGAUGCUGGCAAAGAGCAGCGACGGGUUCGGCGACGUUCCAUCGUUAGGCUGAUUUCGUCCGUAACAUAA